CAUAGUAGCCACGCCAAGGCAGCCUAGGGGGAGAGAUAAGGCGAAAAACACAACAGUUCACUCUUCUAAAAAGUGAAGGUGUGUAAGGGAUUAUCAACCACAGCAGAGACCCAGAGCUUCUAGCAACGACAGAAGCAGCCAGUCGGCUCCCCCAUGGUACCAGUCCCCUUCUCUGGGAAGAGUUGGGCCCGCCCCACCCUGCCUGAGCCGCAGAAGCCAGGUGAAGGGAUUUUUGCACUCACACCCGCCUCUGCACAGUCAAAAACCUGAAGAUGACAGCAGGGACCAGCUGAGCAGCUCCAGCCCAGCCUCAGACACCCUCCGCAGUCUCCCUUCCCCCAGCGCCCGCAACCCAGGAGACCUGGGGAAGGAAACGCAGCCACACCUCAUCCAGCACAGCCUGUGGGGGCAGCGGACCCUCUAACGAGCCAGCCUGGCAGUGCAUAAGGAGGGACCCAAGUAGGCAUGCAGCAUAGGUGAGACCGAAGCUGUCCCGAAUUUACAUCUGGUCAUUUUCUGCCCCCAAAGACUGGCAUAUAGGCCUGUGCUGGAAAUGCUAAUCUCACCUUCCAUGUCAGGGCAGGUUAUGUGUUAGAUUUGAUUCAUUGUAGGCUUUGCCAUUUUGAAACAAGUUGCAUUUUGGGAUUGUCCUUGGUUGCUCCCUGGUUUGCAGUGCCUUUGUCUUCUGUCAUUCUUGGGGGCAGGGUCUCAGGCCCCAGGAUGACCUGGAACCCUUUACAGGUCAGAAAUCUCAGCCUCCCAGUUGACAGGAUUAAGGGUGUGCGCAACAUCCACCCUUAGAGACAUUGGCUGUGUUUGUUGUUUGUUUUGAUCCCACUCACAUAAAUACUGCAUGUUGCUUUUGAUUGUCUGUUGCUCAGUUGAAUUUUAGAAUUUGCCUGUAUUUUGCUCCACCUAGCCUACUAGAAUACGUGGAUCGGAGGCAAACCUAACACCUAGCAUCACUCCUGCCGAUACUCUGAGAGUACUAUAAGAGCCACAGCUGGCACCCAAAGCUCUUACCCUGAAGAUAUAUAAAGUCAGGUUUACACGUCUAAGAGCACUGCAGAUAAUUAGAAAAACCAAGCAUCAAAUCUACCCAGGCUGCAAAAGUCUCUACAUUAUAAUACAAGAAACAUAAAUCAAGACAGUAUGAUUCCACCAAAAAUUAUAAAACCAUCAGAAAUGAACUCCAAUGAGACUGAUUUAGAUGAACUACUUGACAAAGAUUUCAAAACAAUGUUAGUAACUAUGCUCAUAGAAAUCAAUGAAGAACUCAAAGGAAUCGGAAAAGGGCUCAGAGAGGAAAACAAGCUCUUGGAGGAGAACACAGGAAACCAACUUGAUGAAGUGGAGAGGCCAGUACAAGACAUGAGUAAAGACAUAGGAAUAGUGAAGAAAAACCAAGCAGAUGUGCUAGCAAUGAAAAACACAGCGGUGGAGGAGCCAGGGUCCCAGGAUGAAUGCCCACCGUGACAGUGACAGGUUCCUGCGGCCAGAGGGCAGCUGCCUGGUGGGUGAGUCCUUAGCGGCCGCCCAAGAGGAAGAAGCCGUCAGCCUGGCCCCGUCUGCUCUGCACAGCCUUCCUCACCCCCUCGGCCUCAGGACUGAAGAUCUUCCACUGGACUACGCCCCUCAGCCGCCAAGUCUGCAGUUUGCUCACGUGAUGGCACUCCCUGAAGACUUCAAAGCCUCCUGCUUCCAGAGUGCCAGUAAACGAACCCACGAGCCCUUCACUGUUGCAGACAGAUUUGGAAACAGUGGCAUGGGCUUUGGCAGUAACUCUCAUGCUCAAGCACCCGAGAAAGUGACUCUUCUUGUAGAUGGCACACGUUUUGUUGUGAAUCCACAGAUUUUCACUGCUCACCCGGAUACCAUGUUGGGAAGGAUGUUUGGACCCGGAAGAGAGUACAACUUCACGAGGCCCAACGAGAAGGGAGAGUAUGAGAUUGCAGAGGGAAUCAGUGCCACGGUGUUUCGCACUGUGCUGGAUUAUUACAAAACUGGUAUCAUCAAUUGUCCUGACGGUAUCUCCAUCCCAGACCUGAGAGACACCUGUGACUACCUCUGCAUUAACUUUGACUUCAACACUAUCCGAUGUCAAGAUCUGAGUGCGUUGCUGCAUGAGCUGUCAAACGACGGCGCUCACAAGCAGUUUGAUCACUACCUCGAGGAACUCAUUCUGCCCAUCAUGGUGGGCUGUGCCAAGAAAGGGGAGCGAGAGUGCCACAUCGUCGUGUUGACCGAUGAGGAUUCGGUAGACUGGGAUGAAGACCACCCUCCACCCAUGGGGGAAGAAUAUUCUCAAAUUCUUUACAGCUCCAAGCUGUACAGAUUCUUCAAAUAUAUUGAAAACCGAGAUGUUGCUAAAACAGUAUUGAAGGAGCGGGGCUUGAAAAACAUUCGAAUUGGGAUUGAAGGCUACCCUACCUGUAAAGAAAAAAUUAAACGAAGACCUGGUGGCCGGUCUGAGGUUAUCUACAAUUAUGUCCAGCGCCCCUUUAUCCAGAUGUCGUGGGAGAAGGAAGAAGGAAAGAGUCGCCACGUGGAUUUCCAGUGCGUCCGCAGCAAAUCCCUCACUAACCUAGUAGCUGCUGGAGAGGAUGUGUUGGAAGACCAAGAGAUACUGAUGCACCACCCGCCGCAGGUGGACGAGCUGGACCGGCUCAAUGCUCCGCUCUCUCAGAUGGCUUCCAACGACUUCCAGGAUUAGGGCAGCUGGGGUUGUUUCUUGCUGGAGCUCCACUCUGUGGGGUGCCCCAGCCAGCCAGGUGUCCUGUCCUCUGUGGUCUCUUGCCCUGAGGAGAUGCCUCUCCUAUCUAUUCCUUCCCCCCAUACUUAAGAACAUACCAGUAAGUGUGCCUCAGGCAGGGUGGAGAGGCCAGUGUUGCAGCAGCCUGGAAACGAAACUUUGGGUCUGGUGCUGUUCACCGAGUCUUUGCCUAACUGCAGCGGCAGGGAAGGAAGUCAAGACUGUUGCCUCAUACAUAGCUCAGCACAGCAGUCCACAUCCUCCUUUCUGUGUGAGCUCUUGGGUUUGUAUCAGGCAAGUUGCUUUGUAGCAAAGGGACCAAACUUAGACAAUCUGUCUGCUAAAGCAGGCCCUGUGAGAUGUGUAUGAAGUGCCAUUCCCGGUGUCUCUGCACCCACAUGGCUCCCUUGAAGAAUGAGGCUCAUGUUCAGAACGCCCAAAGGAAAUUGUUAUGAAUGCAAGGAACAAUCCAAAACUACACGGAACGGGUUCUUGGCAGGCAGUGGUAACACCCCCAUAUUGUGAAACCCUUUAGUUUCAAGGUUUAGGAAACUAAACAAACUGAUGCGUGUGGUGUGACCCUCGCAGUGCAAAUAGAACGUCUGCAUCCCCAGGCCUGGGCUCUGCGCGUGGCGGGAGAGCCGAGCUGGGGCUUUCAGUUUGCAGAAAGAUAGUUCUCAGAAGUGCUCAGCAUCUUGAGAUACAACAGCUGCAUGGGGAAGGUGUUUAGGGUGAACUAAGUAGGCAAGCCCACAGAGAUUCUGUCUGGUGGAGGAUUUCCCCUGAAUGUCCUCAGUCCAUUCAGGUUUUGGAACAGCCUAUUAGCUGCUUGCAUCUGCUUAACAAACAGUGUUAAUGCCAUCCCCAAAGAAAAGGACAAAUUGAAGGAAAGCCAGAUCUCCUCAUUAUGCUUGAUCUGUCCACCCUGUUAAAGGCCACCUCAUUCCCCAGAUCCCUUCACUCUCUCACAGGCAGAGAGUUACCUUCUAUAGAAUCCAGAGCUGGAUCCCACUUCCUGGUAGAAGCCUAGUCAGUGCCCACCCUUGUAAAUUACAUUCCUCUCCCAUAAGAUACAACAGGGAAAGCUACUUGUGAGGAUAGUGUCAGGUUUUAAACACCUCUAAGAUUGAAGAACAAGAAUGUUUUCUGUGCAAGGUCUUCCUCACUUAGAGAAAGUUGUAAGAGCCUAAACUGAGCCUCAACUCAAGGUCUGCGGGCCACUGCCUUCUGUUUGCAAGGCUGAUGGCCGGUGUUAAUGGUAAAUGUUUUCUGUGAAGUUGACUGGCUCAUGUCUGAAGUCAGGUGUGGCCUUAACUUUUCUGGCACCGCACUCCUAAGUCGACCAGCCUGGAUACUCAAAGGUGCUUGCUUUGCUUUGCUGCUGGGUGGUCUCCCAUGCCCUAAAGGAGAACAAUGUUGGUGUAUCUGCCACAUAUACAAUGUCUGUUAAAAAGAGUGUGCUGGCACUUGUGUGAACACGCCACAGUUAACACUUUUUUUGUUUAGGUAAAAAGAUGAACACAUGGCCUGUAUUUGUUACCUUGUUAUGUGUUACCAGUUAAUUUCUCUUUAACAACUUCGGCCUCAAAAAAAAAAAAUUGUAAGCUAACUUGUUUGGUCCCAGCCCACAGGGUUUGAUAAAGUGGAUCUGACGGCUUGUCUGUUAGGGUCACGAGCAGUGGUGAUGGAAGGAAGAGCUGGGAGCACAGGACCUCAGCAUCACUGUAGCGUGGGGCUCUCGCUGCUCAGUGGCAGGACGUUUUAGGGACAAGAUGUAUCUAGAGUCCUCUUGUGUCAGUUGCUGACCAUGUGUGUCAGUAAGGAAAAGUAGAUCUCAGCUGUGGUAUCUCCUGCAAGGGCCUCAGCAUAAGUCCAGAAGAUGCUCAUGGGAAAGGGAGUUUUUUUUGUCCCCACAACGUAGGGUCUCACUCUAGCCCAGGCUGGCCUGGAGUUCACUGUGUAGUCUCAGGGUGGCCUUGAACUCACAGUGAUCUUCCUACCUCUGCCUCCCUAGUGCUGGGAUUAAAGGCAUGCACCAUGACGCCAGGCUGGGAAAGGGAUGUUACCCAAGAAUUGUAGAGUGGCUUGGCAUGCCAUGUGAACCCAAACUUGAGGUUCAGUCUUGAGUUUGUGUCCGUGUCCUGCCUUGUCUAGUUGGUUAGGAAACAUUUGAGCUGUGCCAUUAGAUAACCGUAUGGCUUCUCCACAGUGGGAACGAUGCUGAAGGAACAAGGGAGGGGGACUGGGAAGUAGCUGGACUGACUGGAGGAGGCAAUAGCCUGAGGUGCUUGGAUGUGACUGGAGGACUGUAGUGUGUGGCGUCUGCAGGUCUAGGAAGAUAGCAUGGGGCAGCCCAAAGGCUCUGAGGUAGAGGUGCCGAGCCCAGCCUUCCCUCAACCUCCGCCACACACUGGUGUGGGGCCGUCUUUAGAGGCAUAUCUGAUGCCAUGUCUUGCCAUCAUUUUGAAACUGAAAAUGGGUCUUCUGAGCUCAUGCCAAAGCAGCGCGUCGGCAGCUGCAGCACAUUUGUAUCCCAAAUUUCUCCUAAAGGCAAACUGUAGGUUUUGCCUCGUUCCUUUGUAUUUAAAGUUGCACUUGUUAACCUAACCAGUGUUUACGAAACCCUGUGGUUGGGGUGCUUUUUCUAUAAUAAAAUACUAUCAUUUG